AUGGACCAGGUCGUAUCAGGACCUGCUCCCACUAAACUGGUCUUCCUAUCGCAAAUUUUAACGUAUCCUGUGGGUUCCAAGAUCCGGUUCCUAGGAUGCGUCUCGAGAUACAAUACUGCAAGUGGUCGCCUGACACUCCACCAUAAUUACAAUUACAAUCAGAAUGUCAACAAACGGAAUUCUCAAGUUUCCAAAGUAGAAGUCGAUAUUAAUCUUUUACUUGGAGAUAUCAGUUACACGAGCCUUCAAAUAGGUGUCUGGCUUAACAUUUUUGGAUACAUACGUGAGGAGGUCCCUGACGACCGUUGCGGGGUGAACUGGAGUGAAAGUAGUCGCAGAAAUAAUGAGAAAUCGGAACAUAUAUUGACUGACCGGCCUGUCUACGUUCAAGCAGUGACGGUUCUACCGGCUGGACCCGUUAGAAUCGGAGAGUAUGAGAACAUCCUACGAGACAUGCAACAAGUUGAAAGAAGAGUAUAUGAUGACUGA